CAUGGGCCCGCGCAAUCGCGAGCGUCGAACGGGAGCUGUGCAGAGCACCAACGACAGCAGCGCCCUGAGCAAGAGCUCCCUGGCCGCGCGCGGGUACGUGGAGGACGCCUUCGCCGGGCUGCUGGUUCCGGGCGCCGCGCGCCGCGCGCCGCUCAUCCACCGGGGCUACUACGUGCGCGCGCGCGCCGUGCGCCACUGCGUGCGCGCCUUCCUGAGCCGUGCGUGCGCGCUCCCCGCCGCGCCUCCCGCUCAGAUCCUGUCCCUGGGCGCCGGCUCCGACUCGCUGUACUUCCGCCUCAAGUCGGCGGGCCUGCUGGCCCGGGCUUCCGUGUGGGAGGUGGAUUUCCCGGAGGUGGCGCGGCGCAAGGCGGAGAGGAUCGGUGACACGCCGGCUCUGUGCGCGUUCACCGGGCCCUUCCGGACCGGGGACCCGUCGUCCGCGCUGUGCUUGGAGGGCACGGACUACCGCAUCCUGGGCCUGGACCUGCGGCAGCUCCAGCGGUUGCAGGGGGCCCUGGCGGCCGCGGGCCUGGACCCCGCCUCGCCCACUCUGCUCCUGGCCGAGGCGGUGCUGACCUACCUGGAGCCGGAUCGCGCCGCGGACCUCAUCGCCUGGGCCGCCCAGCGUUUCCCGCGCGCUCUUUUCGUGGUCUACGAGCAAAUGGAGCCCCGGGACGCCUUCGGGCAGGUCAUGCUGCAGCAUUUCCGGCGGCUGAACUCCCCGCUGCACGGCCUGGACCGCUUUCCCGACGUGGAGGCCCAGCGCCGCCGCUUCCUUCAAGCCGGCUGGACGGCCUGCAGUGCCGUGGACAUGAAUGAAUUCUAUCGCCGCUUUCUCCCUGCGGAAGAACGCCGGCGGGUGGAAAAGCUCGAGCCCUUCGAUGAGUUCGAAGAGUGGCAUCUGAAAUGCUCCCACUAUUUCGUCUUGGCAGCUUCCACGGGAGACACCCCGCCCCAAACUCUGGUGUUUCCCCCGUCAGGGGCGUUUUCACGAGUCGAUCCUGCUUCACCGGCCGGGGUCUUCCCCGCCAGAGUCGUCACUAGUGACAGCCAGGGCUCACGCCUUAAGCGAUACGGCCAUGCCUCCGUCCUGGUGAGCCCCGGCGUUAUUCUCAGCGCGGGAGGGUUUGGAGAACAGGAUGGUCGGCACUGCCGAGUGAGCAAGUUCCACUUGCUCUCCAGACACUGUGGCUUUGAUUGGAAAGACAGCCAAGUAUGCAGUGGUGGGACCGAAGCCCGGUGGGAUGGACGCCUUUAUCACACCAUGACACAUCUUUCUGAUACCCAGAUUCUGGUUCUGGGAGGGAGACUGUCUCCCGUAAAUCCAGCCUUGGGGGUUCUCCAGCUUCAUCUAUGCGGAAGGGAGGGCCAUAACCCCGAGGACCUGAAGGUGGCAGUAACAAAGGUCGACUUGGAAGGAGAUUCAAUCUUAUCACGUUGGAGGCACUCAACAACAGAAGUAUCCUAUCAGAAUCAGGAAUAUUUGUUUGUGUAUGGGGGACGGGGUGUGGUGGAACCCGUACUGAGUGACUGGCAUUUCCUCCACGAAAGGACAAUGAGUUGGGUCUGGAUCUCGGUGGAGGGGGAAGUACCUGAAGGUCGGCAUUCCCACAGUGCCUGCAGUUGGCAGGGGGGAGCCCUUAUUGCUGGAGGUCUUGGGGCUUCUGAGGAGCCGUUGAACUCUGUACUCUUUCUGAAGCCAGUCUCUGCUGGAUUCCUCUGGGAAUCACUAGAUAUCCAGCCUCCCAUUACUCCAAGGUAUUCCCACACCGCUCAUGUACUCAAUGGAAAGCUUCUACUGGUUGGAGGAGUCUGGAUUCACUCUUCCUCAGUUCCUGGCGUGACUGUUAUAGAUUUGACUACAGGACUGAGCUCUGAGUAUCAGAUUGACACAACAUGCGUGCCAUGGCCAUUAAUGUUACACAACCAUACCAGCAUCCUCCUUUCUGAAGAGCAACAGCUCCUCCUCCUUGGAGGUGGUGGAAACUGCUUUUCCUUUGGCACUUAUUUCAACCCCCAUAUAGUGACAUUAGACCUUUCUUCCUUAAGUGCUGGGGGGUAAACAUACCCACUAAAGUAGAAAGGUUUCUGUAGAAAGGGCUUGAAUCUG